CCAAAAGUUAAAACAGCUGAAACUAACGAAAUCAAAUCAUUCCGUUUCAAAUUUUCCAAUUUGCCCCCGAAAUGGCCACCGUCCCCGGCUCUCGUUCCCGCGCCGGCGGAAAAAUUGUCACCAAUCGGAGGAGACAGCGUCUCUCCGCCACCCCGUACGACCGUCCUCCCCCGCCGUCUCCCCUUCCUAAAAGCCCUAAUUGGUUUACCGGCGUCGUUAUACCCUCCGCUCGAGCCCUCGCUUCUGGUGCCGGAAAAAUUCUCUCUUCCGCGAUAUUCUCUGCUUCCGAGUCUUCCUCUGAUGAAGAGGACUCUGAUUCAGAUGACGAUGUUGACAAUAUUAAUGAGUAUGAAAGCCCUUCAGAUGGAUUUAAUGCAUUAACUGAGAAGAAAUUAACUUCAGCAGAAGUGAUGCAUCAUGGGCAAGAGUCUCAAUUUAGUGUGCAAAGGACUGAAACCAAGAGGUUAAUAGAGCAGCUUGUUAUGCAGGAGACUUUUUCGAGGGAAGAGAGGGAUAGGCUGAUGAAAGUUCUUAAUUCACGAGUAAUGAACUGUUCGACAGAAGCUGGAGAGAGAACAUCUCUUGCAAAUUUUCCUGGAGGAUUACUUGACCACGAAGAUGUCAAUGCAUCUAAUAAAGCUGUCGUGGAAGCGAAAAAUUGGUUUCAACAGAAGAAAGCGGGUUCAAGUUCACUCACUGAGCUGGCUCAUGGAAGCUGCAACCGUAAUUCGACUACAUCUGAACAUGUAGAAAGUGGAGUUGGAUCUCCUGUGGAAGUGGCCAGAUCCUAUAUGAAAGAGAAGGUGCCUUGGGUAUCUCCGACGAAACAUGUUGAAUUUAGAUCCCCAUUGACAUUGAGGAUGAAGCUUUUCAAGGAAGGAACACCAGAUUCAGUUAACCGCGACUAUUUGUCUUCAUCAAUGAGACGAAAUUCUCCUCCAUCUGGAUCAUGGAAUAUCCAAGACGAGUUGAGGAGAGUGCGCUCAAAGGCAACCGAAGAUAUGCUGCGCACACCACCCGCCAAAAUCGAUCCAUCACUGUUUGCAGUUGGACUAACUAGGGAGGAGUCUAUAGGAACUGGUAAAGCAGAGAUAACAGCUUUACCAGAAAAUUUCUGGAAAACAAAGCCAGUAGACCAAUUAAUGGAUGUUGGACUUAUCUCUGGUCUUGCCCCUGUAGCUUUGGAGUCUAGAGGAGAUGGUCAGGCCAGAGAAGCACUGUCUUUCAAAGCAGCUGCUUCUGUUUCUGGAAUUAACGAGGAGUCAAAUGCUAUCAAGAUUGAUGGAGAAUGCGCUACAUCUAAGUUUCCAUACUCUGACACCCCCAAUUAUGCUUGGAAACGGCAUUCUGAUCCACAUUCAACUGAUAAGUCAAUUGGACCUCCAGUAACCGAGGUGGCUGAAUUCGGAGCAAUGCCGUAUGAAAAUGGUUUAUCAUCAUCUAAAGCCAGUGAGUCGACGAAUAUAAUCAACGUUGAAGGUAAUUGCGUGCUUCUAAGUGAAGCUUUCAUGGAAGUGCCUAGCGUAACUGAAGUUGAUGACGUGGCAAGUGAUUCUCCGAAUAGUUUAGUCGAGCAAUGUGAAGAAUCGCCACCUAGGAGUGCGAAAAUCGGGUACAAACAAUCAAAGAGGUAAAUGGAAGGAUGCCAUAUGGCUGAACCAGUCAAUUCUUUGUUGUACACUAUCAGAACAAACCUUUUUCUAUUUUUUAUUUUAUUUUUGGUUAGGAUUAUGUUCUAGGUAUACUGUGUUAUUUAGACCUUAGAUCAUUUUAGUUAAUUUAUGAGCCGUUUGUUUUUGCAGAGGCCUGUAUUUUUCAAUCAGUUCUAUUAAAUUCCACUUUUGAUUGAAAA